UUUUGUUUUGCUGCAAAAUGCAAUGGUGAAGUCGAUCUCAGCUUCUGCUUUGUCGUCUUCGUCUGGUCCGCAGCAGCAGCAGCAACCGCGCUCGCUCUUCCGUCCGCUCGACCAGCAUGUCGACUCGCGAUUCCAGCACAAGCGCCAGCAGUCCACCAACACGACCAACAUCGCGAGUGGUAGUAGUAGCCGGAGCACACGUCCGCCCAAUGCAUUGCCAUUGCUUUCAGGUAAUACCACUCCCAAAUCUGCCGUCGAUUUGGCGCCGCCGCGACCGCCACCCGUGCAAGGACGCGUUGUUGAAACCGAUGUUUCGAGCGCCGCCGCUCCGCAACCGCCUCGUCCGACCAAGACUGCAUCCAGGCACAAGUUCAUGCCAGUGCUGCGGCAGCGAUCGUCCGCCGAGCAUCGAGAAGGAUUUGACUUGACGCGGAGCGCUUCGAGCGGUAGCAAUGGCAGUGCAGACGCAACAACCUCGGCUCCUUCCGCCAACUCAUCGAAAACCAACUCAGGCUUAGCUGCUGCAGCCUCGGCGAAUGUCGAGGCCAGAGCGCUGUCUCGCGCAGGCUCGCGAUCGUUGUCGAACUCAGAGUCGCUCAGCGGAGCCCCGCCCAAUUUGCGAGCGUCCUCCAAUUCCGCAGAUGCAAGAGCGGCUUCAAAGCAGUCGCUCAGCAGCUCAAGCGCACCUGCUCGAGCUGCCUCAGCUCUGCACCAGGCCAAGAUUGACGCAUUUCUCACACCAAAAGCGCCCAAACCGCCUUCGCGAGGGCCAAAAAUGCGGCAGUCCUUGAUUGAUGAUUUUCGAAAGGCAUUGUCAUGCCCUGCCCCCUCUCAUCCCAGGGAAGAAACGGUGACAAGACAACCAACCUUGGUGCCGUCUUCCCGCCCCCAGAAAUCCCUGUCGCUCUCCAGACGAAAAUCGACAGCAGGAGAGGACUCACUGGGACAGCCUCAAGCAACAACAGCAGCAACGCCAUCAUCUCCAGCAGAGCAGCUGGACAACAUUUCGCAACCCUUGGACAUGUCAUCGCAAGAGCGCGAGGUGGCUGCUGCUGCACCGAUUCGUCAACGGCGAACUGUUUCCGAGCGCGAUUUCACCGCCUCGUCUAUCGACGCUGAACAGCAUUCGCGCAAGCGUUUCAGACAGGCGUCUGUCGUGUCCUUGAGCUCGAGCGGUCCGACUGGUCCUCCCAGUGAGGACGUGGUUGUUGUAUCCAACUCGCCCAAGUCUCCUCGUCGGCUUCCAUCGAUUUCCCGACACGGACGCAACAGAUCAGCGACUACUGCCUCCAAUUCGUUGAUUGUUUUCAGCGAUAGCGCGAGCGCAGAUUUGGCUGCAGGUGGGGAGGAUGCUGCACAACCGCUUGUUCAUCUCAGUCAGAGCUCCGCAUUUAGCGAAGCACUGGACCUGUAUUCACCACCCGAUGCUUCAACUACAGCCGUCGUCACCGCUUCCACGACAGUUGUAUCGACUCGGCCCAUUAGUCGUCAGCAAACGUUUGAACUGUCCGAUCCAAACGUCCUCCCGUUCGUUCAACAGCAGCAGCAGCAGCAGCAGCGCAACUCCUCCGUCUCGUCGGCCCAGCCACGCAUGCACUCACCGGAUCUCUUCCAAGAUGCUCGUCCUGCUGGCCCCGCACAUGGCCUCAAGCGCGAGCCAAGCAGUGCAAGCAGCAGCGAGCGGCGUCCAAUCUUGCCAACAGCAUUGAAAUCUGCUGCAGCUCACGCCCCUGCUGUCGGUCUGCAACCUGCGCCCAUCGUCGCCGAUGCCAUCUUUCCCCGACCAGCAAUCCCCGAGCACUAUGUCGAGUACCAAGAAGAGCCAGCCAGUUGGGUCGACGCCUGCUCGUUUGACAUGAGCCGGUUUCCUCAAUUUCGUGAGGUUGCUGCUGCCACCAACACCAACACGUUGGUCUCCAACAAGCGAGGCGGUGGUCUCUCCGAUGGCCAAGCGGAUUCAGCAAAGCGACACAAGAAGCGGCGAGAAAAGAAGCGCCGACAGCCGAGCGCCAUGUUUGCCAACGACGACGGCUCGCUGCCGCCUCAAUCCGAUCCCAGCGUUGAGGACUCGAACGACAGUUUUGCAAGCAGCCAGCAUGCUUCAGAACACUCCUUGGCCAACGCUACUCCGAGGCGCUUCAUCGUUCGGAAUGCCCUCCCAAGCCGCUCGUCAACAUCGCAUGCACACGACCACUCGUCCAAUUCGUCAUUAACUGACCAGCUGAACGUAUUAAUGGGCGGCGAGGCUAGCCACAACGUCACUCGAGCAGCUGUGCUCUCACAGGCAAUCCCUCGGCUGUCUAGCAGUAUCGCUGCACGGCCGCCGGAUGACUACUCGCAACAACGCAAUCCAGAGCCAGUCGCCUACUCUUAUGCCAGUAUUCAUGCGUGGCAGCCAUCCAUGGACAAUGGCGGGUUGAAUUUUCAGGACCAUUCAGCGCAUCCCGCUAGUCAGGCACCCGCAGCAGCCAGGGACGCAUCGCCCGAUCCAGAGAACGACGCGCUGCAAAGUCCCCACGCUGCGCCUGUCGCUUCGCAAGACUCGGCCAUUGAACCGUCACUCCUUGCUCCGGCACCCGAUGACCGAUCCGUCCUUGAUCACACUUCGCUCAACUCGCUGCCCGCCGGCUCUGUGAACUGGACUGCAACUGGAGCAGGCAUCCCGCAGACCUUGAUGCUGUUUGACGAGCAGAUCGUCUCUCAGCCAGACCCAGACGAUGCGUUUGUUUGCCAUGACCCUCACCAAACCGCCCGACCGAAAGUGAAGAGUGGGCUACCUCUCCUUUCCUCCAGAAUCUCAUCUUCGCCAACCAAACGCGCGAGGAGGUCGUCGCCAUCCUCUCACUCGUCCUCGCACAUCGACAUUCCCAGCUCACCGCCCGAGCUGCCGCCUUCGCAGUUUUCCGCAUUUGGUUCCCUUGUGGAUGAUUUGUAAAACACCCUCGCAAUUGCACUUUGUUGGUUACUCGUUAAUCUAUUUGUACAUUUAUCAUAAACCCCA